GCACAAGAUCCUCGGUCCGGCAGUAGACCAAGUACUCUUGCAAAAAGAAACGUUCGUCAGUGAAAGAGCGUCUCAGAAGAUAAAGGCUUUCUGUUAAAUUUGUAAUCUUUAUCCGCUCAUAGCAACUUCGGUGAUGCUGCGAGGAGGAUAUCUCGGCAGAGAUGGAACAUGAGCUGAUCAGGAAUAUAGGAAGAUUGUCCCACUACUAUGCAAGGGGAACACAAACAAUAGCAGAUGAAACAAGCAAGAAAGCAGACUCUUCAGAAGAGAGAGAAAUACCCAUUCAGCUCCCAAGGGAGAAUGUUGAUGAUGAUUCAAAAUCUAACCAGGAGGUUAAAGAAGAUAAGGCAUUGCCUCUAUACGAACACCACAUCCCCACAGACAUCUUCCAGAAGUCUUUGCUGACAGUGGGUGCAGCAGCUGCAGCCCUUCUGGACCCUAGACGCCAUGACAUGGUUGCAGUACUUGGAGAGACUACAGGGCACACCGCUCUGUCCAAGAUUUAUGCAAUGAUGAUUGAGGAUGAAGAAGGUCGGCAAAUCCUUAUAGACAAGCCUAGGAUUAAUAGCUCAACACUCAACCUACCCUUCUUAAGCCAGCUUCCUGAGGGCACUCUAGGUCAUGCCUAUAUAAAAUUCCUAGAUGACAACCAAGUUACACCUGAUUCACGCUUGCCUGUCCAGUUUGUCGAUGAUCCAGAGUUGGCCUAUGUCAUGCAGCGGUACCGUGAAGGCCAUGACCUUUUCCACACAGUUCUAGGCAUGCCCACAAACAUGCUUGGUGAAGUGGCUGUCAAGUGGAUUGAGGGCAUCCAGACUGGCUUGCCCAUGUGUGUGGGUGGAGCCAUAUUUGGGCCCCUUCGAUUUAGGCCAAAGCAAAGGCAGAAGUAUAUAUCUGAGUAUCUUCCUUGGGCAGUAAGAGUGGGCAGAUCUUCUAAAUUACUAAUGAAUGUAUAUUUUGAGAAAAGGUGGGAACAGUCUUUAAGUGAAUUGAGAGAUGAAUUAGGCAUUGAAUCUCCACCUUUUCUAUGAGAAAUAAUUUAUAUCUUAGUAUAUUGUUUAUAUGUAAAGAGUAUACGUUUGUCCAUGUAAAAAAGAUGAUGAGAUUGAGUGUUGAGCUAAAGCAGUUCAUUUAAAAGUGACAUGAUGAAAAAAUUUAACAUUGUAUUCAUAACAAUUAUACUGCUGUUAUUCUUGUAGACAUGCAUAAUUUAUCACAUUGGAGUGACAAUGUAGUUGCCAUCUAUAUGUUACUGUGGGACCUGAUGUCAUAUAUUGAAGAAUUAAGAAUUACCCUUGCCGUAAUGCUUAUAGAUUAUGGUCCAGAGAGGAUUCAUAUGAACUGUUAUCUGUAGAAAAUUGUGCAGUUGAAAAAGAUGAAGAAAAAGCAAAGACGACACAACACAUUUAGCUCACUUCAUGUAAAACUCAAUUCUCUUUUGAGGAAAGCCUUGAUAAAAGAUUGUCUGCAUGAAGACGUAAAACUUACAAGGUCACUAAAAUUUUGCUGUAUGGAAAAUGCCAAGGAAAGCUGUUUAUUCCUGGGCCUAAUUGGCCUCAUGUUUACCCCAUUCCCUGAAUAUUUGUGGAAAAAGUUUAUA